AUAUAUAGCAACGACUUUUAGCGGUAAACUUUAGAAAUCGGUUGCUGGAGCUAUAUUAAGGCGAAAAAAACACCAAGUAUUUCUGAACUUCAGUUUCUUUAGAUUACUGGAAAAACAAUGAUUUCUCUUAGUAAUAUGAAAUGCCAUUUUACAAUGCUUUAUGUCUCUCGGAUUGAUCGUAUCGCUUCAAAAACGAGUUUUCUUUUCUGCUUUACUUAAACAUGAAUUCAUUCUUUAACCUGCCUGUCAAAUCUUGUAAACGACUUCUCUGUACUUUUAUCGGAGGUCCACUCUCCCAUCCCAUAUCCAUAUCGGAGAAGUUCGCCUUUUGCUUAGAGAAUUGCUCAGAUAUUCUCUCUCUAAAGAAGCUGCAUGCUUCUAUUUUUGUUUAUGGACUCGGAGAUGUCAGAUUCUUGGGCUCUAAGCUUAUAACUUGCUAUGCGAAGUUUGAUCUUUUAACUGAAUCGAGAUGGGUAUUUGAUAGAAUCAUCAAUAACAGCCUCUUUCUUUGGAAUUCACUUCUUGCUGGGUAUUUUAGAGCUGGUCACUAUAAAGAAGUUCAAUGGCGGUAUUUGAAUUUGAGGCAAAGAAGUAUAUGUUUGGACAGUUCAGUGAUUAUAAUUUGUUUGAAAAGUUGUAUUGAAUAUGGUUGUUUAAAUUUUGGAAAAGGUGUUCAUUUGGAUGCUUUUAAGUUUGGGUUAAACUCGAAUUCCUUUGUGGGCUCUUCACUUAUUGUGUUGUAUGCGAAUUAUGGUGAUAUAGUUGAUGCGUCUAAAGUGUUUGAUGAAAUAACGCAAAAAGAUGUCGUUGUAUAUACAUCGAUGAUAACUGGGUAUGCCAAAAUAGGUGAUCACCGUGCUUAUGGGGCUUUUCGGAUUGCUGGCAAUAUGCAGCAAGAAAAGCUGGAUCCUAAUCGGGUGACUUUAGUGAGCUUACUUCAGGCAGCAGCACAGUUAGCAUUGCUACACGAGGGUCGUUCGAUCCAUGGCUAUGCCAUUAGACGUGGAAUUGGUUGCUCAGAUGAGGUGCUCGAAACUAGUUUCACGGACAUGUAUAUCAAAUGCGGGGAUCCCAAAAGUGCAGCCUGCAUUUUUGGCAAAAUGAAUGUAAGAAACAUAGGUUCUUGGAAUGCAAUGAUUGCUGGUUAUCACAAAAUGGGGCAACCUUUGGAAGCACUGAAUCUUUUCUAUUUCAUGGUGCAAGAAAACAUCAUGCCUGAUCUGAUUACAUUAGCAAAUGGGAUUAUGUGUUGUGCUGAUUUGGCAUAUUUAAGAGAAGGGAAGAGCAUCCAUUGCUUUAUCCUUCGAAUGGGAUUCCAUCUUGAUUUAGUGGCUAUGACUGCCUUGAUUGACAUGUAUUCUAAAUGCAACUGCUUAGUCCAAGCCAGCAAAUUAUUUAACAAAACAGAACCAAGAGAUGUUAUAUUGUGCAAUGUGAUGAUGGAAGGUUAUCUUCAUAAUGAAUUUGCUAGUGAAGCCGUGAAGACUUUCAGUGAAAUGGUUAGAGGCUGUAUCAAGCCAAAUAUUGGUUCCUUCUUGAAUGUACUUGGUGCAUUAUCUAAUCUGAAAGACGGGAAACAAGGAAGGUGUGUCCAUGGACAUGUAUUAAGACAAGGGUUUCACUUGAAUGUAGAGGUUGCCAAUCAAAUCAUUCACAUGUAUGCAAAUUGUGGUUGUAUAUACUAUGCAAGGCAAGUUUUCAACAGGUUAAGAAAUAGGGACUUGGUGUCAUGGACGUCUAUGAUGAGGGGUUAUACACAACAUGGGCAAGCUAAUGAAUCUAUCUACUUGUUUAGGUUGUUACAAAGAGAACAGGUUGAGCAUGAUUCAGUUGCUCUGACUAUUCUAUUGCAGGCGUUUUGCCAGCUUGGGCAUUUAAGCCUGGCAAAGGAAGUUCACUGUCAUUUGUAUCGUGCUCUUUUCAAGAGAGACAUCCCCGUUACUAAUUCUCUGAUUACAACAUAUGCCAAGUGUGGAAAACUAAAUAUGGCGAGAAAUAUUUUUGAGAAUGCAACUGAAAAAUGUAUAACAUCAUGGAAUGCAAUGGUUGCAGCAUAUGGAAUGCAUGGGGACUGUGUGAAUGCUCUAAAACUGUUUGCAUACAUGAAGGAGGAAAACAUAGAACCUGAUGAGAUAACUUUUACUUCCCUACUCACUGCUUGCAGCCACUCAGGCUUGGUGGAGGAUGGUCUACAUGUUUUUAGGUCCAUGACUGAGGAAUAUUAUAUAAAACCAUGUGAAGAGCAUUUUAGCUGUUUGGUGGAUUUACUAAGCAGAGGAGGACAGCUUGAAGAAGCUUAUAAUUUGAUUAAAUUCUUGCCAUUGGGACAAAGAGCUCAGGCAUUGGGAGCUUUGCUUGCUGCCUGCCGAGUACAUCGUAAUGCAGAGAUAGGGUUGAUGAUAGGAAAAGACCUUCUGGAUUUAGAACCUGAGAAUGCUAGUGCUUAUAUAUUGGUAUCAAAUUUGUAUGCAGAAUGUGGAAAAUGGGAUGAUGCAGCCAAAAUAAGAUCUACGACCAAGGAGAAGGGUCUGAGAAGGACUCAUGGAUACAGUCUAAUAGAGACAAAUAAGCAUGUGAAAGAUGCGACCAUUUCCCGGACUAGACUCUCUUAAAUUUAUAAUUAAGAUAUAGAUUUCUUUAAAUACAAGUUCUUCAUUUUUUCAAUCCCCAGGAUUAGUGGCACCUUUGAUAUUUCCAUGUGCCAUAUGCUGCGGUUACGGGAUGAUGACUGCACGAAUGAGCAUACUAAAGUCUGUUUCGGGGUAAAUUAGAGAGGUGGAUUAAUUUUUCGAAUGACCUUUCCUAUUAUGAUCCUAGAACAAAUUAUGAGUAUAUUAAAAUUAUGAGUAUAUUAAUUUUUCGAAU